AUGGAGCCGGCCGGGCCCUGUGGCUUCUGCCCGGCGGGGGAGGCCCAGCCAGCGCGUUACACCUGCCCUCGCUGUAAUGCGCCCUACUGCUCGCUGCGCUGCUACCGGACGCAUGGCACCUGCGCAGAAAACUUCUACCGUGACCAGGUGCUGGGAGAGCUCCGCGGCCGCAGCGCUCCUCCCAGCCGCCUAGCAAGCGCCCUACGCCGGCUGCGUCAGCAACGCGAGACCGAGGACGAGCCUGGGGAAGCAGGCCUCAGCUCCGGCCCGGCGCCCGGCGGCCUAUCGGGACUCUGGGAGCGGCUGGCGCCGGGCGAAAAAGCUGCCUUCGAGCGGCUGCUGAGCCGCGGUGAGGCCGGGCGGCUGCUGCCUCCAUGGCGGCCGUGGUGGUGGAACCGCGGAGCCGGACCGCGGCUUCUGGAGGAGCUGGAUAAUGCCCCGGGUAGUGACGCCGCGGAGCUGGAGCCCGCCCCUGCGAGGACCCCGCCGGAAUCUGUGAAAGAUGCCUCCGCCGCGGAGCCCGCGGCCGCCGAGCGGGUUCUUGGAGAUGUCCCGGGGGCCUGCACGCCCGUCGUACCCACCCGCAUCCCCGCGCUAGUCAGCCUGAGCCGCGGCCCAGUCUCACCGCUCGUGCGCUUCCAGCUGCCCAAUGUGCUGUUCGCCUACGCGCAUACUCUCGCACUGUAUCACGGCGGUGACGACGCGCUGCUCUCUGACUUCUGUGCCACACUGCUCGGCGUUUCCGGAGCCCUGGGUGCCCAGCAAGUCUUCGCCUCUGCGGAAGAAGCCCUGCAGGCCGCAGCCCACAUGCUGGAAGCAGGCGAGCACCCGCCGGGGCCCCUGGGCACACGAGGAGCUAUGUACGAGGUCGCCCGCAUCCUGCUGGGCGAGGGCCCGACCAACCAGAAAGGCUACACGCUGGCAGCACUGGGGGACCUGGCACAGACCCUGGGCCGUGCCCGGAAACAGGCCGUGGCUAGAGAAGAGCGAGAUCAUCUUUACCGGGCCCGGAAAAAGUGCCAGUUCCUCCUGGCCUGGACCAACGAAAAUGAGGCGGCCCUCACACCCCUGGCUCUAGACUGCGCCAGGGCUCACCAAGCCCAUGCUGUGGCAGCCGAGGAGGUGGCCGCCCUCACUGGGGAGCUGGAGCGGCUUUGGGGAGGCCCCGUGCCACCUGCCCCAAGGACUCUCAUUGAGGAGCUCCCUAGCUGAACGGGUUACCCUGGUCAUUAAUAAAGCUGUGACUGGUCA